AUGGAUAAAGGAAAACAAGUAAUGCCUACCGGGUUUGGUAAAAACCUUCUUGGUUUUAUAAAUAAUGAAGUAUUUGAAACUAUUCCUGGUGUUAAUAGCUUAGAGUUGUUUGAUCUUGCGAACUAUAACUUGUCCAAUCUUGCAAACUAUGAAUUGUCUGGUCUUUUGAAUUAUGACUUGUCCAAUCUUGCAAACUAUGAAUUGUCUGGUUCUUUGAAUUAUGAAUUGUCUGGUUCUUUGAACUUUGGGUUGUCUGGUUCUGUGAACUAUGGGUCAUCUGGUUCUGUGAACUAUGGGUUGUCUGGUUCUAUAAACUAUAGGUCGUCUGGUUCUGUGAACUAUAGGUCGUCUGGUUUUAUGAAUUUAAAAUCAUCUAGUUCUAUGAAUUUGGAAGCACCUAGUGCUACGAAUCUAGAGUCGUCUGGUCUUACGAAUUUGGAGUUGCCUGGUUCUACGAAUUUGGAGUUGCCUGGUUCUACGAAUUUGAAGUUGCCUGGUUCUACGAAUUUGGAGUUGCCUGGUUCUACGAAUUUGGAGUUGCCUGAGUUGUCUGGUUCUACGAAUUCUGAGAGAAUUGGGUUAACUAAUAAUUUGACUAACCCUGAAAGUUCUGGGUUUGACAAUAAUGUGAAUGUUAAUAACAAUCAAAUAAUUCAACACAAAAUGAAUAAAUUAACACUACAUGAAAGAGAUUUUUUCAAUAAUUGGAAUGAAGUACAACAUGCAGUUGAUGCAUACUCAAAACAACAUGGUUUUGUGGCUAUCAAUGUGAAUAAACCAAAAAAAGUAGAAGACAUUUGUCCACAUCAUGAUGGUGUUUCUGUGAAUGAACAAAAUCAUCUUUGCGAUUCAGAUACUAUUGAACCAGCUCCAAAAUAUUUGCAGUUUCCCCAAGAAAUUUUAGAUAAAAUAAAGAGUUAUACCAUUGUUGGCCGGCUUGGCGCUGGUCAACAAUAUGAUUUACUUGCAGAAGAAUUUCCUCAACAUCAAAUCAAAAAAAAGAACCUAUAUAAUGCUAUUGAACAAGAUCCUGAAUAUGUGGUUAUACCACGUUUGAAAGUUGUAUAUCCACAAACUCAACAUUUAUUGUGUAUCUAUCACAUUGGCGAAAACAUAAAAAAAAAAGCCAAAUCAAAGUUACAUGGUAAUGCAGUUAAAAAUUUUGUCAACGAUUUUUAUCGUAUGAGAAAUAGUUUCACUCAAGAACAAUUUGAAUUAAAAUACAAUCAUAUGCUUGAAAAAUAUGAACCCUGUCGCUUCUACCUUGAAACAAAACUUUAUCCAUGUCGUGAGUCCUGGGCAAAGUAUGCCAUUUUAAAAUUGUUUAUAGCUGGUACUAAAUCAAUACAAAAAGUAGAAUCGAUAAAUAGUGUUCUCAAAAAACACGUUGAUCGAGGUACUUUGUUGAAAGAACUAGUUAAAGUGAUUGAUCAAGAACUGGAAAAAGAAGCCAGUUAUAAUCAUAUAAGGGACUAUUAUGGAUCAAAUCCAUCGUCUGGCUUGCCUUCUACUCAUAAUACCAUUUUUAAUGCCAUUGACUCACUAUUGGUAGAGCAUUUGGCGCCUAUUCCUCUCUCACUUCAAUGA